CCGAGUGAGGGAGCCGCAGCGGGCGGGCAGGAAGUCUCGGGUAUUGGUUAAUCAGGUUGUGUGAGCUGAGUGGCACGGUGAGAGUUUUUCACGCUGUCGAAACUUCACGGGCUGGAUGUUUGUUUUGGGCGUCAAUGCGUGAACGUGGGUGAAUAUGAUAAACAGGAGAGUUUAAAACGAGGAUGGGAGUCAUGCUGUCCCGCAUGGCACCGAUGGAGCUGAGCAGAGAGCAUACAGUCCAAGCUGAGACCUACAACAUGCUGCUGGAGUCCGACGCCUUCAUCCACUCGCACCGCGCGCUGAGGCGCGAGCUGUGCAUCACGCGCAUGGCCGUCAUCAUCCUCGUCCUGCUCUUGUGCAGCACUUUCAGCCUUCUGUUCUUCAUCCAGCAGAGGCCGGCGUGCAAUGACAGAGGACACAACGUCAAGACAAAUGGAGAACUGCCAUUAAGGGUCGUACCACAAGUUGCUGCUCGUGAAGAUAACCCCGAGAAGCCUCCAUCAGCUUCUCUCAGCAUUCUCUGCCCUGCCAGUUCAGCGCCUCAACCUGGAUACAUUAAAUGGGCGAUAAAACGCGAGCUUGUUGGCUUUUCUUUGGGCACAGAUAACGAGUCUCUGGUCAUUCAUCAAGAUGGAACGUACAGGAUCUCUCUGCAGGUCACCUACAGGGGCAGAGAGGAUGCUUUGUGCGACGAGCUGAUUAUACUGUCCAACCAGCUUGACCGCUACACCAAGGCAUACGAGCAAGCCAUGUCCACUCUGAGUGUCUAUGAAACCAUCUAUUGCAAGAGCUUCACCUGGAGAAAGUCCAUGUACUCUGAAGAAGUCUUGACUUUGGAAAAGGGCGACACGCUCAAGUUGCGGUCCAGCGACCUGAGCCUCUUAGACUGUGAUGGGAAUGUGAGGACCAAAACGUUCCUCAUGGCCCACUACGAGCCCACAGGUUAGGGGUGCCGGAUUUGUUCGUAGAGCACUUAAGCUACCUUUUCUUUCUGUAGUGGUAUACUGAUGCACUUUCUUAUUGCACCUUUAUUUGAAAUAAUGCCAUUCAUUCGUUGUGAAUACUGUCUUAAAGUCAAGUGUUGGCAUAGACAGACAGUUUUUCUAUAGGAGUGAAAUGGGUGCUCACUCAUCGCUUUGUUAGCUGCCGUCAUCGUCGGCGUUAAAAGAAGCAUGUUGUAAUUUUCUAUAAAUUAUUUCUUACUUAUAUUGGAAAGUGCAGAUUCUAAACUUUCAAUAGAUCCCACGUUUAUGUUUGUAAAUAGCAGAGGAGAUAUUUUAUUAUAAUUUGGAUUUGGGAAGUUAUUGUUGCGUGUACAGUCUUGUUUUGCAGAAAGAACGUUUUUAUCAUGUUUUUGUCUUUUAAUGAUAUUAAAACGAGAAAAAUGUCAAAUGUGUAGACUCAGACCUGUUGUAUAACUUUCUAGGCAAUGGGUGAGCGAUAUGGCAAAUAUAUAAUAUUGCAAUAUAUAGGAUAUUGCAAUACCCUAAUUUCCACAAUCGUUACUUUUUCAGACAGCUGAUCAGUUGGAACACAGAAAAAAAGAACAAGUAGUGCUGCAUGUUAAAAAAAUACUAUCAAAAAAUGGGAAUACAAUGAUUUUAUUCAAUAUUUGGCAUCCUUUGUUGCAUUAAAUUCAGUUAAAUGGGACUAAUUUUGGUCUCUUUAUAAUAAAACAUGCAGUUGGUCAGUGUUCUAACUACAAGUGCUGACGAUAUUCAUGAUAUGUCCACAAAAACAUAUUUUACUGUAAUGUGACAAUGUGUUAUCACAGUAACAGUAUAUAUUAUCAUAUUGUCCAGCCCUAGUAGGAAAUCAAAUAUGCCAUUAUGUACUUACAUGUGAGCAACACAGCCCUGUUAGUAGGCAUGUUGGGAUAAACUGGGGCUACAUAUGCUACGCUGCUCUGGCUGGGCAGAAGCCUCAGAGCAGUUCAGCCUUAAUAAAAUGAACCGUAUUAUCAGAAAGAGAUUCGUCAUAUUCCUUCUUGAGGCAUCGUUGGUGCUGUUUGGAUUGCAGAGCAUGUCGGGCAGUCCUGGGCAAAAAAAUGGGCCAAGCCCAAAAAUGACAAAUCAUUAAGCUUUUAAUGGUCUUAACAACAAAUCAUUAACCAAACAGAUGCAGUAAGUUAGUAUGAGAUAGAUUUUCCCUUUGACUUCAAACAGCUGAAAAACACUGCCGAGUUAGUUUGUGUUUAAUGUGAGACUCUCUAUAGGGGUUAAAUCUGGACUCUCACCAAGUCAAACCCAUCAGUAGAAGUCUUUAUAUUUUGGGCUUGACCCAUUUUCUUUGCCCAGGAGUGUAUUAUACUGUACACACUGUUGUAUAUACAUUCAGUUCACAUAUGCUAUAUAUUUAUGUAAAUGAAUAUUAUUAAAGAAAAGCUAUUAAAGAUUUUAAAUGUUCAA